AAGAAUCUGUUAUGGCCUCCAAAACAUAGGAAACCACCUCCAAACAAUCAAUGUUUUCAGGCAAAAUAACAGAUGUCUGCCCAUAAUAACGGGGCAGACUUCGUCCCCAAUAUCGAGGUCACAGAGAAGAGUUCGUGGGGCGGUCUUGUCCAAACCUGCCAACUAUGGAAGAGGACACCCAUGAUGAUUAUGGCCCCCAGGAUGACAUAAUGAAAGCCAUGCAGUCUGAGCUUCAAAUGAAAGGGGUCCUCAUGUCGAAGGCCUGGGCAGAUCUGUUCGGACUUUUUACAAAAUAUCAGGGGGAACUUAUCAAAAGGGAGCACCAACUUGCUGUGGCGCAAAAAGAAAUCAUUGCAAAAGAACGACAUUUCAAAUCACACGAUGAGAAAUUCUUUAAAGAUAGCGAUCUUGCUUUAAUUCAGAGUGAAUCGAUUGACAAAACACAUCAGAUUAGUAAUUUAGAGACGGACAUACGUUUGAAAGAUGAUCUUCUGGAGAAGGCCAAGAAUGAGAUCAGUGUGAAGGAGGAACAACUGUUUAAAGCUCAGGUUGACCUGAAGCGCCUUCAGUACGACAUGGCUACCAAGCAGGAACAGUUAUUGGCGAAAGAUCGGUUGAUAUCGCGCAUGCAAGAUGAGAUGGCGAAGGAAUCGGCCGAACUGAUGGUCCAGAUUUAUCAGCUGCGGGAAGCGCUGAAGGAGGAGAAGAUGUCACACGACAGGACGCGGGCAACAAGUGAAAACUUUCUCAAGAAUUUGCAGAAUGCCAAGCAGAAUGAGCCUACUUGUAGAUACGAGCCACCCUGCCGUGAUACAGAAACCCCUUCUGAGAACACCAGUUCAUCAAACUCAGGGGCUGUGAUCAUUGAGGAGCGUGUCGAAGAGAAGGAGACACGUAAAGUCUCUAUGCCUGAGUUUAAUGAAUCAGGGGUAGGUAGGGUGCCCAAGAUUCGGCACUUCAUGGCCCGAGAUAGACACAGUCCACCUCGGCGUGAUACAAGCCCUCAGUCACAUGAAAGGCAGCAUAUGCAGCAGCCCCCACAACAAGAGCAAGCAGUUCAGCGGGUGAACGUCCGACCAAUGAACUGUGUCACAUCUUCAGAAAGUGAUGUGAAACCUGAUUUGUUUGUGUUGCAGCGUCAGUGGCGCGGCACUGAAAAUAAGGUGGGACUUGAUUUAAGCUUGGCUCAGAAGCUGCCAAACAGUCAUGCAAUGGUUGAGAAGGACCACAGCCGUCUGGGUUUAACAUGGACUACAUGUUCAAACUCAAAUGUUGUGGAAAACAUCAUUCAGUCCUUCACGUUAGAGCCCGACAGAAUGCCAAACUCGUCAGCAAAUUUGAAUAAUAAUUAUUCUCCGCCUGAAGUGCAUUACUCAUCUGCAGUCAUUGAUCAUGUCGAUAGGCAGCCUGUCUUCCCGGGUCUGAUACAAUCUGGGACACGGCCGACCAUUGAAAUCAGUGAUCGCUCCAAAAGCGAGUCUAGCAGCAACCAAGAAGAAGGUUUACAGACGUCGAGCUCGAACCAAGACGGUACAUCACCGCCAGUGUGUGUCCCUUGCAAGAAGGUCUUCUUCAACGAGAUCAGCUAUCGUAAACAUCUCAAGAACAGCCAUGACCGGCGGUUCAAGUGUGAGGAGUGUGGAAAGAGCUUUGGUACGCGUAUCUACCUGCAGAUUCAUCUGAGGACACACACUGGAGAGAAGCCAUACAAGUGUAAGGAUUGUAAGAAGAGGUUCUCCGUUCAGUCGUCACUGCUCAGGCAUAUCCGCAUCCACACUGGUGAAAAGCCCUACAAGUGUGAGCAGUGUGGCUGGGCGUUCGCUGUCCGCUCCAACCUCAUUCAGCAUAUCCGAACCCAUAGUGGAGAGCGCCCUUACCAGUGCCAGUACUGUAUGGUCAGGUUCACGCGACAGAAUAGCCUGCAGAAACACAUUGUGAUGACGCAUAGCAAGGAGGUCGCCAACAACCCAAAGUCACACUGAGGAAGGUCAGCACGGUCACCUUACAGUUGUUCAAAACCAAGGAAGUCACCAGCGAGGGCGAGGUGUUAACUGACGAAGGAGACUUACUUGUUUUGAUCAACUGGGCCGAGGAGGUCAAAGCCUGACAGAUAGAGCGUUGCUUUAUCAUAUCCAGUUGCUACAUGCAGAUUCCCCAUUUAUCAUGUUCUUGUCCAUAAUUCUCGACUUAUAUACCUCAGAAAUUGUUUGUGUAGCAAUGAUGUUGUUUUGAUUCUUCUGCAUUUGUAAUUGAUAAUUGUGCCAAUAUUUUUUUCUGAGAUGAGACGCUUCGGCACCUCAGGCUUCAGCUUGUUCCAAAAACACAAGACAGAAAGUUUAUUUUCCCCAAAAAGUUUUUGCUCCGAAAGAUAACUUUGCCAAGAUUUGCCACACAGUUAAGUCUCAUCUCUGUCAUUCUUUCAACCGAGGCGAUUCACUGACCUCAAUGACACCAUGAAACGGAAGUGGAAGGCAGGUCAGUUGGGUUGGCAAAACGGCCACAGAGUUUCUGGUAUUCAGAUUAUAACCAUAGCUUCUGUUUACCAGCUUGAAUAGCUUUGUUAAAUUCCAUUCACCGGUGAAGUCUCCAAAAGGCAGUUAUCUAAAACCAAAAGCACUUUCUGUGCUGGAGUAUUUUGAAAUCCACACCAAUGGUCCCAGUUUUGUUUUAAAAGAUUUACAAAAACCUCUUGAUCUACAAACCUAGUUAUUGUAAGUAUGUAACAUUCCAGUGAUAAUAGCAGACUUUGAAGUGUAUGCAUUAGUGAGCAUUAUAAAAAAACAUGGCCGAUCAAAAUAUUUACAGAAUAUGAAUUCAGGUUACUUUUGCUUUUUGAAAACAUUCACGAUCCUCAUAUUGAACAUUUUGUUGGUGACCAUUGGUGUUGUAGCAGGCAGCAUAACGUUUCAUUACUUACUACUUAAAGACUUGUGUGCACCAUAUAAGAUGUAUACAGUCUCCUACCUCCUGGAAGUACACCAGUUUGAACUUGUUUACCAUCAAUUCAGUUCAAGCUUGUGAAUUUCUGGUUUAAUAAACCGGUUUACUGGCGUGAAUGUCUUAUAUUUGAAUGUGCUAAUACUAUACUUGUUUAUUUUAGUGAAACACUAAAAAGUGAAAGUGUGACGAGAGGUGUGAAUCUAGUGUCCUCUUUUUUGGUAUAGAACAGGGUUAAGUUUGCCAUACCUAAUCAAAGGGCCUACCCACAGGUGUCCAUCCAGCACCUCUGACAGGAUUGGAGGCCGACGUCUCGUCAGUGAAUACUUGGCCCAAAAGGACCCUAGUUUUACACCUCUCCCUCUCUACCGGUACCCGGUAAUUGUUAUCUUGUUGUACAUAGCGUUUAAUUAUUGGCAUUGGUUUAUUAUUGUUUUAAUCGUAAAUAUUGAGUUCAUGGGAUGCUAGCGAGGACGGUUUUUCUCUUUGGUUUAUAUUCGGUUGGGCAUUACAUGUUUGAUUUUACUGUGUUGUUUUAUCAUGUGUCACGUUCUGGCUCUUGAAACAUUCCAAAAUCACAAAACAACUUGAAGAUCUAGAUGUUUGUACAGUGGCCAGAUCAGAAUACAUGCCACUGGCUGCCAGUGUGGGUGGCAUGAAGAUCUAGAUGUUUGUACGGUGGUCAGAUCAGAAUACAUGCCACUGGCUGCCAGUGUGGGUGGCAUGAAGAUCUAGAUGUUUGUACGGUGGUCAGAUCAGAAUACAUGCCACUGGCUGCCAGUGUGGGUGGCAUGAAGAUCUAGAUGUUUGUACGGUGGUCAGAUCAGAAUACAUGCCACUGGCUGCCAGUGUGGGUGGCAUGAAGAUCUAGAUGUUUGUACGGUGGUCAGAUCAGAAUACAUGCCACUGGCUGCCAGUGUGGGUGGCAUGAAGAUCUAGAUGUUUGUACAGUGGCCAGAUCAGAAUACAUGCCACUGGCUGCCAGUGUGGGUGGCAUGAAGAUCUAGAUGUUUGUACGGUGGUCAGAUCAGAAUACAUGCCACUGGCUGCCAGUGUGGGUGGCAUGAAGAUCUAGAUGUUUGUACGGUGGUCAGAUCAGAAUACAUGCCACUGGCUGCCAGUGUGGGUGGCAUGAAGAUCUAGAUGUUUGUACGGUGGUCAGAUCAGAAUACAUGCCACUGGCUGCCAGUGUGGGUGGCAUGAAGAUCUAGAUGUUUGUACGGUGGUCAGAUCAGAAUACAUGCCACUGGCUGCCAGUGUGGGUGGCAUGAAGAUCUAGAUGUUUGUACGGUGGUCAGAUCAGAAUACAUGCCACUGGCUGCCAGUGUGGAUGGCAUGCAAAAUGGUAGAAUGUUCAUCUGAGAUAUCUCGGCCAAGUGUCGGAGAUAUGUUGAAUGAUUUGAGAAGCCAGGACAGUUCUGCCGAGAUGACACGAUGCUGUAAAUUGUUGGUUUCUGGGUUAUAAAACAUUUUUAUUGAGAAAUAGGUUUGAAAGAAUGAAAUAUAUAUUCAGGAUUACGCACACUUCCUCUGUAUAAUUGUUGGGUGCGAGUUGUAAAAAAGGGGUUAAGAUUUUAAAACGUAAAAUACAUGACCUCCUUCUCGUGAAGGUGUUACUCCUUGCCCUGGUCACUGAAACGGUUUCUUGUUUUAUUCACACCUGUGAUAAGUAGUAUUCACAUAUCUAAAACAUAAAAAAAAAUUCUUUGGUCGUUCUACAUUUUGGCCCUGUUACAUUAUUCAGUUUAUAAACCUCUGUGUUCACCAGUUUUAGUUAGAGAUUCAAAUUUGAAAAUGCACACAAAUAGUUCUACACCUGGCCGUCUUAUGUUUUUGGGUUUAGUUAACGCAUUAAAUGAAAUGCAGAUGUGUUUUAUUAUUCAAGUGUUCAUGUAUCCUAGAUUAUUCAAGUUACUAUACUGUGACGUCAGUCAGGAGCCUUUCUCACUUAUAUGAUGGAACCUCCUGUCUGAGAAAAAAAACUAUAAAAACGAAAAGAGAUAAUGGUGUACGUGUAGAGAAUUAUAACAUUUAGCUCCAGAUCAGCGAUAGUUACAGAAAACUGACUUGGAUGAGUUUUGUGAGCGUUAGGGUUUGGUGUUUUCUACCUGGUGUAUUUAGUUCUGGUUAAGAGUGGAUGUGAUAGAUAAUACUUAGGUUUGUUGCUCGGUGAUCAUUCUGAAUGUGUUCAUAGAGUUGCCUCAUUUCAUUGGUCGAAUGAGACAAAGCUUUUGUGACGAUGAUUGGAGUUGUAGCAGCAUGUGAUCAGAAGACAGUAGUCUUCCUGAGAUGAUGUGUUCAAUUGGGUCGAAUUUCUGUUGUUAGGAAACAUUUGUAGGAGUCUUUCCAUGGACAUAUCAGGUUGUGUAUAAGAGCAUGACUGUUCAAAAACUCAUACUCCGAUGUCUUUUUGGUUCUGUUUAAGGGUAUUUCUUGGUCUAAAGGGCUCCUAUAAAUUGCUUAAAUCUCACUCGAAAGGUUCCUUACUGAUUCUCAGGGGAGAGGUAGUUCCCUGCCCGGAAUAUUUGAGACCCAAUGAACGUUGGUUUUGGUCUUUGAACAGUCAUGCCCUGGUUGUUAGAAACAAAAUGUGAUAAUGUUUUCACUUUAACUGUUGAAGUUAUUGUUGGAUGUUGGUGUGUCUGGUUAUGGAAUUGACCCCAGUGUUGUUGGUUGAGAUGAUGGGUGAAUUUGUACAGGUAAAUCUUCUUGUAAAUAUGUGGAGAUGAAGUUGGCUCAGUCGCUGAAGUGUAUCAAGGUCGAUAGGCUGUUACUUGAGAGACAGUUUUGGCAAUGCAAUCCAUUGAGUGGUUGGAGAAACUAUCAAACUUGAGAUACCAAGGUCACCAAUGGCUUAGUUAGUCUCAAUGACUGUGUCUGGUCACUGUAAAUAGCGGGACACUGUUCUUUAGUGAUGAGGUGACGUCUGGAGGGUCAUGUAUAUUGUUAUUGUUAUUAUUAUCAUGUAUUAUCUCAGGGUACACAUAACCCGCAGAUACUCCGAGGUUACUCCAACAAUCAAGGUUUGUUGACAUCGGCGGCGGAUUUCAGAUUCGUUGACGUGAGGGGUUGAAUUCUGGUCUUCUCGUUCGAUAGGAUCAGUGAUGUAAUUGUGGGAAUAUUGUGCUAAAUGGUUUUGUUCGGCCUGUCUGUGGUCGUGCAUGUAUGUGAGUGCCAACAGGUGAUAUGGUGAUGCGAACUUGAGGCUUGGCUUGGCCUUGAUAUUUGGAGUGACUUCGAUGCCUCAUUCAAAAGUAACAUAGUAUGUAAAUAGCUACUAUACAAGGUCAGUAUAUCAUGUUCUUGGGUGUUUGAGAACUAUUGUUGAGUUCGAUUAUAAUCUUGUAUUAUUGUUACAUUUAUUUGUAAAAACGGCAUUGACAUAGCGUUAUGUUGAAAAGUGAUCUAUAACAUUUGUGAUUUAUUAGUAGCGUGAUAUGUAUGGUGAUGUGCCAGCAGAACCUGUAGGGGGCGGUUCUCAGAAGUGGUCAGCACUUGGCCAGUCCACUUUCAACUACUCAACAUCAAUACUGAUUAAUCCAAAUGUUAAAUAAAGCGGUAAUUGAUGGCGAUUAUGUUAUUUUCAUUGAAUGUGCUAUCCACAAUCUUCGUGCUGACAAGUACCUUUUAAAAACAAGUGUGCUCCACCAUAUAUAACUUUAUAACUCUCAUGUGCUUAUGUUAUUAGCGUAUACAAUUUAAAUUUUGAUCUAUUUGUGUUGCACAGAAAAUAUAUCUAAAGAAACGUCUAAUGUUAUCAAUUGCAAUGAUAGAUCCAGUUUUUGUGUAGAACCUACUGACUUCCAUUUUGGCCAAAAUUUGUGUGCAAGUUGAUAGAUUCAUCAUGAACCAUUAUAUUGGGUUUCUUUUAAAGUUGUUUUUGCUGAAUUGCAGUGGAUAUAACCUCCUCCCAUUUAUCAAAACAAUUGAGGAGCAAAUUCAUCCUUAGUUGAAUGAGAGGCCAUGCUGUGACAUCAUCGGGACAUCUAUUUUGAAUGUUAGUCUGUUUGAGUGUCCUGGACCUUGCUGACAAAGUGAGCUACAUGUUGAUCACGCCACAUGCCAAUAUUACAUUGAUUUCAACAUUCAAAAUGGUGACUUUCUGUGAUGAUGUCAUCUGCACUCUCUCAGUCAGUCUCUAGUUGGUGUCUUAAGGGAACUGGUGAUGACUCGUAGUGAUUUGUUCUACUCUUCCUUUAAAACACUUAUUAGUACAUUUGGAAUAUCCACAUUUUCACUGCCUCAUAUAAUCUCAGGUUAAAAAAUGCUUCAUUUAAAUCAACUGUGUGAUAGUUAAUUAUUAAAGCAGACAUAAGCUUACUAUAUUUAGGCUUGAAAUGCAACAAAAAUUGUUGAAAGCGGGUAUUUGUUGUCGUGAGAGGAUCAUAGAAUAUGUGGACAUAUUCGUGAGUGUUGUUGAGCAGAGUCUGGAACUUAAAUUGUAAUUAUAUUAUAACUUCACGUAUGUUCUAUAUAACCUCGAUACAUUGUUGUCAGUUUGAAGUUUAUACCGGUAGUACUGACUUAUUUGAUGUGAAAGUUCAUGAUCUGUGACACAUACAGGCAUUCUCUUAUUGCCGAUCAAAGCUCUUCAUGUAUUGGAAUAAAUCCAGUCAAGAUCACAGAAGAAUGAUCAACCAGAACUCAACUUCUGAAGUCAUGUUUUGCAUGGAAGGUCCAUGUAUUGUCAUCUAUCAUGGACUAUUUGUAUUUACACCAUUCUGUCAACUGUCUUAAGAAGUCACCAGGCUAUGUACGGUACAUUGGUUUCCAUGCAGUGUUGCAGGGUACUCGGUUCUGUUAGAAUACCAGUGUUGUGCUCCAACCAAAGUUAUCAGUACACUCACUGUUUUGGUGAAUUUGAUGUCCUUCUUCCAGGAUGAGGCCAGUCAAACUAGUUGUUGUGCUCUUCACAGCUUUAUUAUUGCCACCUUGAAGGGAUUUUUGAAUGUCAACAAUCAGACUGACCCAGUUCCAUACAUGUGAUAACGUCACAACAUAGCCAAAAACAAUCAGUGGUUCAAAAUACAUUGUAAGUUGACAGUGAAUCAACAACCGCUAUGGUUUGAAAUGAAACGGUGAAUUCUCCAUUUCAUGAUAAAGUUCCUGGUGAUAUCAUUCUACUGGUUUUAACUUUGUAUCUAUCCAACAAUAUAUUAUUGUAUCUUAGUUGAUUUCGGUGUUAUUAAGGUGAUGUUUAUUGAGCCGGUGAUGACCGUAUAAGCUUUAAUGAGUUAUGUAUGUUAUAUAGUCUAUGAGUAACCUCACACUGUACAUAUUGUAGAUAUUGUUAUUCAAGUUCUGACUGUUUGAUUGUUGAAGAAUUGUCUAUUGUGAUAGGAUACUUGAAUUUGAUUUCUGCAUGUUCUAGAUUGGUUCCAAACUUUCUCACAAGGUGGUAGAACAAAGUUUGGCCACUCCCUAGCCUGAGGGACUCGCCUGGGAAUGGUCUGUCCUCUUACAAGCGAUUGGGAACCAAUCUGUCCAUGUUACACUUGGUACAUCUGGUUUCCUGACCUCAAAUCAUGGAAUACCAAUCCAUCGCGACGAGUCAAAGAAUAUAGAUAUCUAUUCAAGGCAGAAAUGUAUUUUGAUUUAUUGAUGAAUAUUUAAAAGUUUAAGUAAAUACUAGAUUCAAAAUGUAAUUUAUCCCCUUGCUGUUCAAAUGAUAAAAAGAUUGUUGUACAUGUAAACGUUAUUUACAGUAAACUGUUGACAAUAUUGAAAAUUUUAUCCAAACGUCUACCAAAACAGUUGUUUGUGUUCGGAGAAGUGGGUUUCAAAAUGUUUCUGUGAUAGAAAGUUUAGACUACGUUUGAUGUUUUGUUAUAACUCAACAUGUACUCAUAUUAUUUUGGUUAGAUUGCGUUGAUUUCAAAACAAACUCCUUACAUAAUGUUACUUUUGGAUCCAAUGUUUCCUUAUAAGUUUAAUCAUAAAGUUUCCAGAACAGUUUAUUCAUAGCAUUUUGAAGAGUUCAUCUGAAAAGAUGCAACUUCUUUAACUUAGAUUUUACCUCAUGUUGACCUAUGUUUGACCAGUUUCUCUCUGAUCUUGAAGUAAUCAUGACGUGUUGUUAUCAUCAGAUAGAGGGAAGCUAUUGAGAGUGUUGGGCAUCCGUAUCCCUCCUUACUGUGCAGCAGAGUUAAGGAUUGCCGCACACCACUGAUGUGUAUUUACUGGUCAUAGGAGAGGAACUGGUCAGAAGUUUCUGGGCAUUAACUUACUUGGUUUCUCGGUUUUAACCGCUGGAUGAUGACCUGUAGUAUCUGUUGUAACUUCCUAGGUUGUUGUUGACAUUCUUCAAAUCUUAUAUUUUUCAUAGCAAAACCUGUAUCACUACGUACAAUAUUAUUGAAUCGGUAUCAAUAAAAUCAUGUACACUAUUUAUA